CAUUCUGACAUCUAUAUGGAGGAUGGUGUUAUUAAGCAAAUUGGGGAGAACCUCAUUGUUCCCGGUGGGGUGAAGACCAUUGAUGCCCAUGGCAGGAUGCUGAUCCCUGGUGGUAUUGAUGUGCACACCCGCUUCCAGAUGCCUGACCGGGGCAUGGCAGCUGCUGAUGAUUUCUACCAGGGCACUCGUGCUGCUCUCGCUGGGGGCACCACUAUGAUCAUUGACCAUGUGGUUCCAGAGCCAGGUGUUAGCCUUAUAUCUGCAUUUAACCAGUGGAGGGAAUGGGCGGAGAGCAAGUCAUGCUGUGAUUACUCACUCCAUGUGGACCUCACUGAGUGGCACAAGGGCAUGCAGCAGGAGAUGGAGACCCUGGUGAAGGACCAUGGUGUCAACUCUUUCCUGGUCUAUUUGGCCUAUAAGGAUGUUUUCCAGUUUAAUGAUUCCCAGAUGUAUGAGGUAUUCAGUGUGAUUCGAGACCUUGGAGCCAUCGCCCAAGUGCAUGCUGAGAAUGGGGAUAUCAUUGCUGAGGAGCAGAAAAGAAUCCUGGAGUUAGGAAUCACUGGCCCAGAGGGUCAUGCUCUCAGUCGCCCAGAAGAGGUGGAAGCUGAGGCAGUCAAUCGUGCAAUAACGGUAGCCAAUCAGACCAAUUGUCCCCUGUACAUCACCAAGGUAAUGAGCAAGAGUGCUGCUGAUGUCAUCACUCAGGCCAGGAAAAAAGGUACCGUAGUGUAUGGGGAGCCUAUCUCUGCUAGUCUGGGCACUGAUGGUACUCAUUACUGGAGCAAAAACUGGGCCAAGGCUGCUGCCUAUGUGACCUCUCCCCCUCUGAGCCCAGACCCUACCACCCCUGACUAUCUCAACUCUCUGCUCUCCUGUGGUGAUCUGCAGGUAACUGGCAGUGCUCACUGUACCUUUAACACCUCUCAGCGUGCUGUAGGCAAAGACAACUUCACCCUCAUCCCAGAGGGUACCAAUGGGACUGAGGAGAGGAUGUCCAUCAUCUGGGACAAGUGUGUGGUAACUGGCAAGAUGGAUGAGAAUCAGUUUGUAGCUGUGACGAGCACCAACGCAGCCAAGAUUUUUAACCUGUACCCACGUAAGGGCCGCAUUGCUGUGGGCUCUGAUGCUGACUUGGUUCUAUGGGAUCCUGAUGUUACUAAGAUCAUCUCUGCCAAGAGCCACAACCUGGCAGUUGAAUAUAAUAUCUUCGAGGGUGUGGAGGUGCGUGGUGCUUCCUUAGUAGUGAUCAGUCAGGGUAAGAUUGUUCUGGAGGAUGGAAACCUCCACACUACUGAGGGAUCAGGACGUUACAUAACCCGCAAGACCUUCCCUGACUAUGUUUACAAGAGGAUAAAAGCUCGCAGUAGGCUUGCUGAGCUGCAUGGCGUCCCACGUGGCCUUUAUGAUGGUCCAGUGUGUGAGGUCACUGUGACACCUAAAGUCACCCCUGUGACCACUAACAAAACCUCUCCAACCAAACCCACUCCUCAACCCAUUCGCAAUCUGCAUCAGUCUGGAUUCAGUCUGUCUGGAGCUCAAAUUGAUGACAAUGUUCCUCGCCGCACCACUCAGCGCAUUGUUGCUCCCCCUGGUGGCAGGGCAAACAUCACCAGCCUGGGGUAA